AUGGCGAUCAUUAAUCAAGCAUUAUCUUUGCUUCUCUCCCUCUUUGUUCUCACCCUCGUCCUCCCAAUAAAUUCUCUCCCUGGCGGAAUUGCAAUCUAUUGGGGUCAGAACGGCAAUGAAGGCACCUUAAAUCAAACAUGUGCAACAGGGAACUAUUCCUAUGUUAACCUAUCCUUCCUCAUAAAAUUUGGUGGUGGCCAGACGCCGGUUCUCAAUCUCGCCGGCCAUUGUGAUCCAUCUUCUGGUGGUUGCACUAUUUUGAGCAGUCAAAUCAAUUAUUGUCAAAGUUUAGGCCUCAAGGUAAUGCUCUCCAUUGGAGGUGGUGCUGGAAACUACACUCUAACCUCCAAACAUGAUGCCAAGAAUGUUUCUAAGUAUUUGUGGAACACCUAUCUUGGUGGUAACUCUUCGUCGCGGCAGCUAGGCGAUGCCAUUCUCGACGGCAUAGACUUCGAUAUUGAGAUGGGAUCAACCAAUUACUGGGGAUAUCUGGCAAGGUACCUCUCCAAAUAUAGUAAGCCCUACAAGAAAGUUUACUUGACGGCUGCACCACAAUGUCCCUAUCCUGACAAAUAUCUUGGCCUGGCUCUUCAUACCAGUUUUUUCGACUAUGUUUGGGUUCAAUUCUAUAACAACCCUCAAUGUGAGUACACUUCUGGUAAUAUCACAAAUAUUUUGAAUUCAUGGAAGUUAUGGACGACGACGAUUCCAGCCAAGAAGUUCUUUUUAGGCCUACCAGCCUCUUCUGAUGCAGCAGGUAGUGGAUUCAUCCCUGCAGAUGUGCUAACCUCACAAAUCCUCCCAGUGGCUAAGACUUCCUUCAAGUAUGGAGGUGUCAUGCUCUGGUCUAGAUAUUAUGAUCUUCUAAGUGGAUAUAGUUCCUCUAUUAAGAGCGCUGUAUAAAUUGUUAUCUAUCACUUUGUUUUUCUGCCUUUGUUCACUUGUUGGUUUAAUAAUCUAAAUUCCUUUCAGUUUUC